AUGCAUGACGUCGCAGAAUACUUCUGCGCAGGGACUCACGCGGAGUCCGAAUUCCGCCACUACGGUCUUGCCUCGUUAAUUUACACCCAUUUCACCUCCCCCAUUCGGCGGUACGCAGAUUUGGUCGUCCACCGCCAAUUAGCUGCUGCAAUCGGCUACGAAGGACUCGGCGCCUCUCCAGCCGAAGGACUGGCUGCCCGGAGCCGCCUAGAGGAUAUUUGCAAAAAUAUCAACCAUCGCCAUCGUAAUGCACAGCUUGCUGGCCGUGCAAGUAUAGAAUACUAUGUUGGACAGGCGCUCAAGGCGCGCGGCGAACAAGAGGCGUCUAAGCUUGGGGCAAGUGUGGGGACGAAUGCGGGGAUAGAUGAAGAAGGGUAUGUCAUGCGCGUGUUUGACAACGGAGUUGUUGUUUUCGUACCGCGAUUUGGCAUCGAGGGCGUUGUGAGGUUAGAGGAUUUCAUCAUCUCUGGAACUCAACCGGGUAAGGGGAAACAGGUUGCUCCCAGGCGGGAAAGUGAGUUCGAUGCGGAGGAGUAUUCGUUGAAGGUUUGGGAACGAGACGGUGAGAGUGGAGCUGGUUGGAAUCCGAAGAAUGGCGUGGUGGUCGACUUGUUUGACAGAGUUAAAGUUAAUGUGAGCUCCGUGAAAGAGGAAGGGGGCCGUGGGGCUGGAAAGAGGAGGGUUCGAGUAUUAAUUCUGGGCAAAGCUUAG